AUGAUCUCCCGACCGAUUUCGGCCACGGCGGCCAAUCUCAUUGAGGCUAGCCAACUGCACAGGAGAUAUUAUAGUGCACGAGUGUACGCGCAGACACAACGUGCACUCUCUAUUCCUAUCACUCUCAUACUCCGGUUUGACGACAGCUCGACACGACCAGCGAGAGUUAAGGCGCAGGUCCGACGGCAUUACGUGCUCUCCGAGGCACGGGGG